AUGACUGUUUUCUCCUUUCCAUCAUGCGGUAAGGACAGAUUUGUUCUCCCUGCUACCAUUCGACGCAUCAGCCCUCCCCCUCGCCUAUAUCUCGAUCACCUUGACCAAAGACUCCAGCUGGUGGGAGAGAAAAAGAGAAGCAAAGCAAGAAACGGAACAACGCGCAUCGCCAAUCUCUCCCGACUCCUCCUCUCCGCCGCGGUGGUCGUGGCCGUAACUCUCCUCGUCCUAUGCCGCUCCGAUGGUGCUGCGUCGUCCUUCAGCGUGGCCUUUGCAGGGCAGGUCGAUGAUGCGCAGGCUCCGCAGGUGUCGAUAACCGACUACGAGACGCUGUCUAACGACGUCCUGAGCGACUCCUUCAACCUGCCAUUCCCAGACAUGAUCAAGUGGGGGUCGACCCAGCAGCAGCCCUCACCGGAUAUCGGCCAGGCGUCUGCCUGCAUCAGCAACAAUUUCCUCCUCCGCAUCGCCAGCAUCGCCAUAAGCGAUGUCCAGGGCGCCGCCGCCGCCAUCUUCUCCCAAUGCUUUCUGGAAAUCGGCUUCACCACCGGCAGUGGCGGGUCGACCAUCCUGACCUCGAACGAUGGGAGCGGUAUCACCAUCAUCUUUAACGUCGCUCCACCGGGCUUGGCGUGUUAA